GCGGGCAGAGCGCGGAGCCGGCGGCGGGCGCUGCCGGCACAGCCAGCAUGUCCUCCAUCCUGCCCUUCACUCCUCCCAUCGUCAAGCGGCUCCUGGGCUGGAAGAAAGGCGAGCAGAACGGGCAGGAGGAGAAAUGGUGCGAGAAGGCGGUGAAGAGCCUGGUGAAGAAGCUGAAGAAGACGGGGCAGCUGGACGAGCUGGAGAAGGCGAUCACCACGCAGAACAUCAACACCAAGUGCAUCACCAUCCCCAGGUCCCUGGAUGGAAGGCUGCAGGUGUCCCACAGGAAGGGGCUCCCCCACGUCAUCUACUGCCGCCUGUGGCGCUGGCCCGACCUGCACAGCCACCACGAGCUGCGCGCCAUGGAGAUGUGCGAGUUCGCCUUCAACAUGAAGAAGGACGAGGUCUGCGUCAACCCCUACCACUACCAGAGAGUGGAGACCCCAGUGCUGCCCCCGGUGCUGGUGCCGCGGCACACGGAGAUCCCGGCCGAGUUCCCGCCCCUGGAUGACUACAGCCACUCCAUCCCAGAGAACACUAACUUCCCUGCAGGUAUCGAGCCCCAGAGCAACUACAUUCCAGAGACCCCUCCUCCAGGCUACCUGAGUGAGGAUGGAGAAACCAGUGACCACCAGAUGAACCCCAGCAUGGAUGCAGGUUCUCCAAACCUAUCACCAAACCCCAUGUCUCCAGCACACAACAACCUGGACCUGCAGCCCGUGACCUACUGCGAGCCGGCCUUCUGGUGCUCCAUCUCCUACUACGAGCUCAACCAGAGGGUGGGGGAGACCUUCCACGCCUCGCAGCCCUCCAUGACCGUGGACGGCUUCACCGACCCCUCCAACUCGGAGCGCUUCUGCCUGGGGCUGCUGUCCAACGUCAACCGCAACGCGGCCGUGGAGCUCACCCGGCGCCACAUCGGCCGCGGCGUGAGGCUGUACUACAUCGGCGGGGAGGUGUUCGCCGAGUGCCUCAGCGACAGCGCCAUCUUCGUGCAGUCGCCCAACUGCAACCAGCGCUACGGCUGGCACCCGGCCACGGUGUGCAAGAUCCCGCCAGGCUGUAACCUGAAGAUCUUUAACAACCAGGAGUUCGCGGCGCUGCUGGCGCAGUCGGUGAACCAGGGCUUCGAGGCCGUGUACCAGCUGACGCGCAUGUGCACCAUCCGCAUGAGCUUCGUCAAGGGCUGGGGCGCCGAGUACAGGAGGCAGACGGUGACCAGCACUCCCUGCUGGAUCGAGCUGCACCUCAACGGGCCCCUGCAGUGGCUGGACAAGGUCCUGACACAGAUGGGCUCCCCCAGCAUCCGCUGCUCCAGCGUCUCCUAAGGAACCCCCUGGGGCCCUGGGCAACGAGGACUGCAACGCCCUUAGCAAAGGCUUAGUAAACAACUCCCCAGUUACUCAAGCAAUGAGAAAAAAAUCUGCUUCAAAAACAGAAAGAAGUGGGUUUUCUUUGUUUUGUUGUUGUUUUUAAAUACCCAUUUAAGCCACUUCCACUGAAACUGUCGGCACUUUGGUCGGACUGCAGUUGGAAUUUGGAGCUGGAGUUGGUGAGGAUGAAGAGCUGGAUGUUGUUUCAGUGGAGAGCAGGCACUGCUCACCUGCCUCCAGGCUGUGUGUGGCACAGGAGCCAUCCCAGCUGCCAGGAAACUUCCCCUUCCCUCACACAGCUCCAGGCUCUGCAGCAUCCCAGGAACCCCAGAGCCUGAGGGCUCCAGGAUGGGAACACCAGAGCCUGUGGGACUCUGGAAUGGGAACACCAGAGCCUGAGGGCUCCAGGAUGGGAACACCAGAGCCUGAGGGCUCCAGGAUGGGAACACCAGAGCCUGAGGAACCCUGGGA